GAGGAUCGUCAUUUGUCCCGAUUUGGAACGCAUUAUCCCUUGCAUGGGACGUACGCGACCAGCCUGGACGACUUGACAAAAACAACCCGACGAUUUCUUCGCGGCCAAACGUUACAUGGGAGAAAGGUCAGCCUGACGCGAUAUAGACUCCUCACCUAUUCGCUAUCACCAUCGUAGCAAGACGAAGGCGUCCCUUCAUAGGACGAGAUUCGUUCGGACGCGUGCGAUCAGGCAGUUUCUGUGUUCUCUUGCUCACCACCGAACGGUCAACGCUCUCACAACCAUCACAAAUCCUGCGAGCUGCACACCACGAGUGAUCUCGACACAUUCCCACUUCUGUUCUGCUUAUACAAGCUAUGUCGGGAUCCGCUGCACAACAAGCAAGUCGAGGCAGCGCGGGGAUAUCGCAGGGGACGACUGUACUUAACGACAGCAACGGUUCUGCUACUGGGGUUGCAACAUAUACUUUGCCCGGUGUUCUACAUUUUCUUCAAGUAGAGUGGCGAAAAUUUGAAAGAGAGCGAAAUGAAUGGGAAAUAGAAAGGGCUGACCUGAAGGCGCGAAUAGCACUACUGGAGGGUGAGCGGAGGGGAAUGGAGAAUCUUCGGACCGAUUUGAUGCGAAGGGUUAAGAUGUUAGAAUACGCCUUGCGACAGGAAAGGAAUAAGUUCACCAAAUUACGACAAGAGAAGCAAACCGUAUCACCAUCAUCAGAAGAUGCAGUGGCAGCGGCUACGCAGCCGAAUGCAGUAACUUCAGGCAUGUCGGCUCCAACAGAAAAUGUACCGACUCUUCCUGAGGCGGUGCUAUCCGCUCCUUCCAACUAUGGUACUCUCAACUUCUCUGGUGGUGGGAUGGGGACGUUGUUGAACUUUUCGAAAGGAUAUGGACAUGUGCGAAGUAAAGAGAUCUUAAAAAAUUACCUGCGGGAAAUGAGCUACUUGUUGACAACAUCCACAACCGGAGGUAAUGUCUCCCCUUCGGUGAACCCGAAAACCGCGGCAAGCGGCAAUGAAGAUCCUUCUGGGCUCGAAUCUACUGCGGACCCGGAAGCAUUGGGAAGAGUGAUUGGAAAGCGGGAGGCGGCAAGGGCUCGCGGGACGUUACCAACAGCGCGGCAAUUUGCCGCGGCUGCCUCGGAAGAAUCUGCAUCAGAAGUCAUUCAAGGUGAACCGCAGCGCGUCAUUACCAAGAUAAAGCGCGAGACGCCGGCAGCUGCAGAACAUACUGAAGGAAGCAAAGUGCCAAAGGUGGACACCAGCCCGCCAGAAGCACAAGAAAAUGCUCCCAAUGAUGCGCGCAUCCAAUCCCCGGAGGAGGCAGUGGAAGGCAAAGAGCCAGCAGUAAAAUCCCUUGUUGAUAAGGCAUCCAAUCAAGACUCUAAGAAACCGAAGGAUAAGCAAGGCCAGGAGCGGAAAGAAAGCCGUGUUAAUGACGGACGAUUGACGCCAGAUGAGAUGCAAGAGCUGAAGCUGACUCCUGAGAAAGUUAGCAAAGUCAUGAGCCGCUUAGAAGGAAAGGGUGCUCAUGCCAAACGAAAAAGUCCUGCAGAGGCAAAGCCGGGCGGUAUUCCGUCCGUCGUUGCCAAUACUUUGUCUUUGGAUGGGGGAUUGGCCACACUGACUUUGAACGAAGACGAUGUGGACGAAGGGGCCAAGAAAAAGGGUUCGGCAAAACCCGCCAACCAAAAAAUCUGGCGGCCCAAAGCGGUAUUGAGAAAUCACAUGGAUUCCAUUCGCGCUGUGGCAUUCUCAACCAAUGAUGGUGCCCUGGUUACUGCGUCUGAGGAUAAUACCGCGAAACUCUGGAAUAUCGGCAAAUUGGAAGAUCGUAGCAAAAUGCUACCGGAGCUGGAGCCCGUUUAUACCUUCCGCGGGCAUACUGAACCGUUGACGUCACUCGCUGUUUCAGCGGAUGGACAAACAUGUUAUACAGGAAGUGUCGAUGCAACUAUCCGUGUGUGGCGCAUACCACCAUUGACAAGAGAUCCAUAUGCUAGCUACCAGAAUACCAAGCAGUUUAAGUUGCAUACAUAUGUCGGCCACUCUGACGUUGUUUGGGAUAUGAAAUUACAUCCGCUGCAGCAGCAAUGCCCAUGGCUGGCUUCCGUUUCGAGUGAUGGUGCUUUGAAGAUAUGGAAUACAACACCAGGGCACUGGCAACUGCGCAGCACGCUAUGGUAUGAGAACGCAAAUAGGGGAGGUACAAAUGACGUGGUAAAAGAAGCGGAAAGCAGCGGGCUGCAAAAUCCGACGUCCGUGGACUGGGUGUAUACCAAUUUGAACAGGAUAGCGGUGUCGUAUCAGAACAGCAUCGUAAAGAUUUUCGACGCUGAAACUGGACAGGAAACGUUGCAAUGCCGACAUGACGGAACCUUUGAUAACACCACAUCUGGACAGAUCAACAAGGUUGUUUGCCAUCCCACCCUCCCGCUACUCAUUACCGCGCAUGAAGACCGAUAUAUUCGGAUAUUUGACACAAAUACAGGACAAUGUGCGCAUUCGAUGGUCGCUCAUCAAGAUUCAGUUUCAGCCCUGGAUAUCUCGCCAGAUGGGCUUACUCUGGUCUCAGGGGGUCAUGACUGUUCAAUACGAUGGUGGGAUCUGACAACACGAAAGUGUGUCCAAGAAUAUACUUCGCACCGAAAAAAGAAUGACGAGGGAAUAUGGGCGGUCAACUUUCAUCCUGAAGCCUCAAAUUGCAUGGCUUCUGCAGGCGCUGAUGCGGUCUGUAAACUAUAUAGUUUUGGGACAGCAUGAGGACUUGGAAAGGGUUGAAUGUGCAGGGAUGAAUGUUCAAGGAUACAGUUUAUAUAAUUAGCGGAUGUAUUUAGGCGGAACAAACACUCUCGCCUUUGCGCACAUGAUUGCACCUUGUUACCUCGGAGGAGAUUCCGUCAUGGGACUCAUUAUUCUUACUCAAUGAUAUACAAUUGUAGGCCCA